AUGACGGCUGAGAGCCGGCCGCCGCCGCCGCAGACGGAGGCGCUGGCGGCCGUGAAGGAGGAGCGCGGUGAGGCUGGGCCCGGGGUCCCGGCGGAGGCCGCGGGUCGCGGCGCGGGCGGGCGUCGGCGGAAGCGCCCCCUGCAGCGCGGAAAGCCACCCUACAGCUAUAUUGCGCUCAUUGCCAUGGCCAUCGCGCACGCGCCGGAGCGCCGCCUCACGCUGGGCGGCAUCUACAAGUUCAUUACGGAGCGUUUCCCCUUCUACCGCGACAACCCCAAAAAGUGGCAGAACAGCAUCCGCCACAAUCUGACGCUAAACGACUGCUUCCUCAAGAUCCCGCGCGAGGCCGGCCGCCCAGGCAAGGGCAACUACUGGGCGCUCGACCCCAACGCCGAGGACAUGUUCGAGAGCGGCAGCUUCUUGCGCCGCCGCAAGCGCUUCAAGCGCUCAGACCUCUCCACUUACCCAGCCUACAUGCACGACGCGGCCGCCGCCGCCGCCGCGGCCGCCGCUGCGGCCGCCGCCGCCAUCUUCCCGGGCGCGGUGCCCGCUGCCCGCCCGCCUUACCCGGGCGCCGUCUACGCAGGCUAUGCCCCGCCGUCGCUCGCCGCGCCGCCCCCGGUCUACUACCCAGCUGCGUCUCCAGGACCGUGCCGGGUCUUCGGCCUGGUGCCUGAGAGGCCGCUCAGCCCUGAACUGGGCCCCGCGCCGUCGGGGCCCGCGGGUUCCUGCGCCUUUGCCUCGGCCGGCGCUUCCGCCGCCUCCACCAGCUACCAGCCUGCCGGCUGCGCUGGAGCCCGACCUGCCAACCCCUCCGCCUAUGCGGCCGCCUACGCGGGCCCGGAUGGCGCGUACCCGCAAGGGGCGGGCAGUGCCCUCUUUGCGGCGGCUGGCCGGUUGGCGGGGCCCGCCUCGCCCUCCGCGGGUGGCAGCAGUGGGGGCGUCGAAGCCGCAGUGGACUUCUAUGGGCGCACAUCGCCCGGCCAGUUCGGAGCUCUGGGGCCCUGCUAUAAUCCUGGUGGGCAGCUCGGAGGGGGCAGUGGAGGCGCCUACCAUGCUCGCCAUGCGACUCCCUAUCCUGGCGGUGUGGAUCGAUAUGUGUCCGCCAUGUGA